CAAUGCUCGCCGCUACAAUUUCCUUGAACGAUUGAUGCAACCCGUCGCUGCCAGUACUGCAUUUCCCGGUCACUACCAUGUCUUUCUCAGCAGGUAUCGACGUGCCGGCGUGGAGGCCGAAAGCCAUUAUAUUCGACCUACUCACUGCUCUUCUGGACUCGUGGACCCUUUGGGACGCGUCCACGCCAUCGGCUACCUCCGCGGAAGGGAGGAGCUGGCGUGAGCGCUAUCUGGAACUCACCUUCGGGUCGGGCGCGUACGUCCCUUAUGAGGAUCUCGUCAGGGAGGCAGCUAGCCAGGUCGGGUUACCGGGAUCUGCCCCUGAUGCUUUGCUACGCAACUGGCAAAAUCUCCUGCCAUGGCCCGAGGCCGCAGGAGUUCUCCGCGAACUGAAGGCACGGGGGUAUAAGCUUGGUGUGGUGACAAAUUGCUCGAGGUACCUAGGGCACGCUGCAGCCGAAAGGGUGAAUGUCCAUGGGAGUGCUGGAAGCCCAGACGACAUGUUUGAAGCUGUCGUUACAGCUGAAGAGGCAGGGUUUUACAAACCUGCCGAGCAAGCUUAUAGGGCUGUCCUGGAUGCGAUGGGCGUUGACGCUCGCGAUGUGUUAUUUGUUGCUGGCAGCGCAGGCGAUGUCGAGGGCGCCACAAAUGCUGGCAUGAAAGUUGUUUGGCACAACCGCGUCGGGUUGGGCAAAAAGGGUGGGGCAGUUCCGCUGAAGGAGGCUGGAACACUCGAUGACACUCUGAGAGACUUUCUGUGAAGGUAUUGUCGGGGGAAUCGUUGUCCUACACUCUGGCCGCAGCCAUCAGCCACACACAAUCGUUAUAUCCGAAUAAUUGCACUCGCGGAUACGACUAGAG